CUCAUUCUACUACAUGUAUCUCUAACUUUCCGAAAAUGGCUAUGAACAUACCACUGCAAGAUGUCUUUUUUUAUCAAGGCAACUGGAAUCCACGUAUGGAUACUCUGAUGUUGUCAACUAUCAUACGUUUUCGCGACAACGCAUGCUGGGAAGGUAGUAAUAUACCCCCAUGGGUCUUGAACGAGUGUGGGCUGGCUAUACAGGGUGAGUUCGGGAUCGAACUCACAAUCUCUGAACUGACUGACCGGCUACGCCAUCUGCAAUCUCGACACCACACCUUCAAAGAGGUGGUACACACUACAGGGGCAUCUUGGGUUCAACGUCAAAACUUUGUCGCUGCAGCUGAUUGUGUGUGGGAUGAAAUAUUGAAGAAGAACACCUUUGCUGCGGCAUACUAUCACAGAGACGAGCCUGAAUUCAAUCUCCUAGCUUCUUUAUUUGCUCUUGAUGAUGUAAAGCUUGAAGAUGUGCAGCUUGAUGACACUCCUACAGUCAUUGUAAUUUCCGACUCAAGCGGAGGUGGAAACCCCAUCCCAGUGAAAUGUGUGACGCCGUCAGAAGAUGAAGAUGAGGUCAACUCUCCGGCUAUUGGGGCAGAGUCCAAAGUCCGACGUAAGCUAUUUGUCCAUGAUGAAAGCCCAACUGAUUGUCAAUCGUCAACUAUGAAGGACCAGUGUCAUGUGGUUCCACUUAUGGGUGCCGGAUUCCAGUCAAAAAUGAAAAAUAAACCACCACGUCCCACUCAGCCGACUUGCCCACACGUGCUGAAUGGUUCCCCUUUUGCGAGUUCAUGUGCCUCGUGUAGCCCUCUCCCUGCCAGCCGACGUACUGCUCCGUAGGAAGUUGUCUAGAUUAUGCUUGCAAGUAUCUACAAGUGCUUUGUUUAUAGUAGGCUAACCUUUAUCUUAUAUUAGAUAUCUGAUGCCCAUCGUCUCCCCUUUUUGUUUUUUGAAUGUGUUCUGGGAGGCUUUUUGUUUUG